CUCAGUGAACAAGAGGAGCCUCAGUUCAGAACAGGUAGGAAGGAACAGGGACCAGCUACGAUGGCUUCAGGAAUCCUGGUGAACAUAAAGGAGGUGAUGACCUGCCCCAUCUGCCUGGGGAUCCUAACAGAACCCAUGAGCCUGGACUGUGGGCACAGCUUCUGCCAAGCCUGCAUCACUGCAAACAACAAGGAGUCCGUGAAUGGCCAAGGAGAGAGCAGCUGCCCCGUGUGCAGGAUCAGUUACCAGCCUGAGAACAUGCGGUCUAGUCUGCAUUUGGCUAACAUUGUGGAGGUGCUCAGGGAGGUCAAGUUGAGCCCAGAGGAGGAGCAAAAGAGUGAUCUCUGUGUGCACCAUGGAGAGAAACUCCUGCUCUUCUGCAAGGAGCAUGGGAAGAUCAUUUGCUGGCUUUGCGAGCGGUCCCAAGAGCACCGUGGUCACCACACCUUCCUAUUGGAGGAAAUUGCCCAGGAGUACAAGGAGAAGCUCCAGAAAGCUCUGGACAGUCUGAGUGCAAAGCAGCAGGAAGCUGAAAAAUUGAGAGCUGACCUUGAAAAGGAAACAACUUCCUGGAAG